AUGCAAAACUUCAACUCCCAUCACCCCACGCUGACGUUUACCCAUCAUGCAGCUCGGCCUUGAGAAGAUGAGGCAAGAUGGCGACUAAAAUAAGCAGAGACAGUCCCCCUCCUUUUGAUUGUCCAUCAUGGGCAGGCAAGCCGCCCCCAGGGCUCCAUCUAGACGUGAUGAAGGGAGACAAACUGAUAGAGAAACUGAUCAUAGAUGAGAAGAAGUACUACCUGUUUGGUAGGAACCCGGACUGGUGUGACUUCACCAUCGACCACCAGUCAUGUUCACGUGUCCACGCUGCCCUGGUCUACCACAAACACCUGAAAAGGGUCUUUCUCAUAGACCUCAACAGCACACAUGGUACUUUCCUUGGACACAUCCGUUUGGAGGCACACAAGCCUCAGCAGGUUCCCAUAGACUCUACAAUAUCUUUUGGGGCCUCAACACGGACCUACACCAUCAGAGAGAAACCCCAAACCCAAGGCACUGCUGGUACAGGGGACAGUAAGACAGGAGAGGAUGAGGAGCUGAAAGGACUGCUUGGGCUUCCAGAAGAAGAAACAGAAUUAGAGAACCUGACAGAGUUCAACACAGCUCACAACAAGCGCAUCUCCCUCUUGACCAUCGAAGAGGGCAACCUGGAAAUCCAAAGGCCUAAGAGGAAACGGAGGAACUCCAGAGUUACUUUUAGCGAGGAAGACUCUAUCAUUAACCCAGAGGAUAUAGACCCCUCAGUGGGACGCUUUAGAAAUAUGGUGCAGACUGCUGUCAUCCCUAUCAAGAAACGAAGAUCAGAGGGCCAAAACACCCUGGGUCUUGAUGAACUGACUUCAAAACGUAUCCACGGCUACAACUUGGGUGGUGGUCUUUAUGGGGACUUGCCUCCCACCAGUCAUGAGAACCAGCCAACUGGAGCUCCAGGAGGUGCUGCCAUGCAGGGAGGGCUUCCUCUGCCCUUCCCUAAUCCAGCACCAGAGGUGGACCUGGCCCCAGAGGCUCCCCAGCCCCCUGUCACCCUCAACCCCACACCUGUCACAGCCCCCUAUCUACCAGAGACCCACAACGAGCCACGCAAAAAGAAGUAUGCCAAAGAAGCUUGGCCGGGCAAGAAACCCACCCCGUCACUACUCAUCUAACCAGUUUCAUAAAGCUGCUGACUCUCAGGUUACCGGUAGAUACAUCAGGGACUGUGACCUGGCAGAGGUGGAGUCAUCACUUUUUUUUUUAUUUGUUGUGUCACUCAUUGUCAUCAGAAAGGCACCACACAAUUAACCUGUGGUGUAUCAGAAGAUAUCAUCUACCUUACUAAGUCAGCAGUUGAUAUUUUGGCAGAAAAACAGCUCAAUCUUGUUGACUACAAACAAAAUUAACAGACUUGGCAGUGAGCAUUUUAGUACCAGAUUGGCCGUUAAAUAUACUUGUCUGAGUGAAAGAGUACAUGGAUACGAUGGGUCACCAAGUUAUGUUUUUGAUGUAAUGGAUGUAAAUUUUUUUUUUUCUACUAAACGCGUUGCAACAGUUUUUUUUCACUCCUUCAAUAUUUUGAUAAUACAAUUAAACAAAUGGCUAAAAAGUACUUUUAUACGAGAUAUUUUACUGUGAGAAGUCACGAAAGUCAGAGAAUCCAGACAUGAAGUCAGUCUCUAUCAAAACACAGGGCUGCUUUUUAUUUUGAAAACUUGACAUAAUUUUACUCUCGCAUACUCAGACAUUUGUAUUACCUGUUUUAGACCAAUAUGACACUGAUUGAAGUUUCUUGCAUUUGUCUUACAAGCCACUAGAUGGUGACAAGUGCGCAAAGGUCAGAGUUUUCAAUGAGGCUUGGCUGGAAACAUGCAAGUACAAUUGUUCAUGGCCUGUUGCACUAACAUUGUCCAAAAUCUAUAUGUGGCAUCACAUGAAAGUGGUGCUGCAAGCUUCUAGUUACUCAUUUGGAUUCUUCUGCAGAUAAAAGCCAUUGCCCUGUCCAAACAAUAUGUUGGUCAUGUCAAUUUGUCCUUUAGGUUUUCUCGGUAUAUUGAGUUUUAAAUGGUUUGUUGCCUAUUUUUUCCAGCACCAGUAUAUUGUAAAUACUAGGAUUUUACAGUUUUUUUUACAUUUGAUUGUUAAUUGGAAUGUUACUAAGUAGUAACAGAUUAGAAUGGAUUCCAGCACAGUAACAAAUACCAAUUUUGCUGCAAAAUAAGAAGUUAGUGAAAACAAGUGUUUGGUUUAGGAAGAUUUAAUGGUCAUGUAGCAUGUUAACAUCUUUCACAUGCAACAGAGUAGAGUGCAGUUUAUACCGUAUACUAUUCAUAAUUUGUUUACCUGAAUUGAACUCGGACAUAGGAGGAAAAGAAGACAAAGGAACAGAAAUGAGGUUAACCAUGUACUCGAAGUCAAGUAAAGGUCCCAUGAAAUGGUACAUUUACUUUUUUGCUUUUAUUCAAAGGUAGACGGUAGACAAGAGAGGCAGUGACCUGCAACAAAGGUACCUAGCUGUAAUCACACAAGGCACUGUGGUUACAAUGUACAAAAUGCAUUUUAACCACAAGGCCACCACGAUACACAUUUCUGUUUCCUUUUGAAAGAGGGUGUAAGGUGGGAUAUUGGACCUUGAGCCGUGGUGUAACUGGGCUUGUAGUUAUGUAUGAAAGGUGGGUUGAGUUUAAAGAACAGGCAUGUGGUCAUACAUAAAGAUGCACUGUUCCAGAAAGAGCAGUUUUCCAUGAUCAAGUGGCCAUUUCAUGGGAUCUUUAAAUCAGUAAAAGGUUGAAGAUCAGAGAUCAAGGAAAGACGAGGUGUUUCAUUUUUACAAACUGUGCUGGUGACUUUUUGUCCUUGUGGGCCUGUGGAUUUUGUAAUCAUAUGACUGUAAAUAAAAAAUGAAUUACUUUUGACUCAAAACUCAA